AUGCAACACGAUGUUAAGGAUUCUGUUACUUCAAGACGAUCACGAUGCAGCUUUUCAAUUCCGGAUAAUCGUGAUUUUAUUACCGAGUAUAAGAAUAACUUUUACAAAAAAGAUUCCCUUACUUAUAUAAGACCCCAUGAGCGACCACAGGUUUGUGUUCAUCAUGUUGAUCCUUCUUUUUAUACAACCACAAUGCAGGCUUCCUAUGGUCUCAAGGGUGUCGCCCCGCAGCGUGUUGCUUAUACCUCCCAGCUUUCUGAUGCCCGACACAUAGUUACAGAUAAGUAUUUGACCACAAACCAGGCAACUUAUGGGUCUUCAUAA